AUGGGGAGGUCUCCUUGCUGCGACGAGAACGGCCUCAAGAAGGGCCCAUGGACGACGGAGGAAGACGAGAAGCUCAUGGAGUACAUCGAGAAGAACGGCCAUGGGAGCUGGAGAGCACUUCCUAAGCUUGCAGGGUUGAACAGGUGUGGCAAGAGCUGCAGGCUAAGAUGGACGAACUACCUGAGGCCAGACAUCAAGAGAGGAAAGUUCAACUCUGCCGAAAAGGAUACCAUCCUCCAGCUCCACGCCGCUCUUGGCAACAAGUGGUCAGCCAUUGCUAAGCAUCUCCCAGGGAGGACUGACAAUGAGAUCAAGAAUUACUGGAACACGCACCUGAAGAAGGAUCUGAUCCAGAAGGGAAUCGACCCGACGACGCACCAGCCGAGGACCGACUUCUUCGCCGCGCUGCCGCAGCUCAUCGCACUCGCCAACCUCCGCCAGCUCGUGGGUCAGCUACCGUGGGAUGACCCGGCCGCCGCGGCCGCCGGGCUACAGCAAGCCGAGGCGGCGCAGGCGGCGAAGUUCGGCCAGUACCUGCAGGCGCUGCUCCAGCUUCCGCCGUCCGCCGCGACUAGCCCCGGAUCCGGCAGCAUCGGCGGCGCCAUGCCGGCGGGCGACAUGGAGCAGAUGGGCGCGGGCCUGCUUAGCCCGCCGGCCAGGACGUCGUCCUCGGCCUUGUCCCCGUUGCCUUCGCCGAUGUCGACAUCGUCCUUGUCCCCGUUGCCGUCGCCGAUGUCGUCCACGGCCUUCUCCCCGUUUCCUUCGAGCUUCAUGGGCUCUAUCAAUGUCGGCCGUGGCUCAUUCGUCGCUGGCGAAUUUCCCACCAUCCAAAUGCAUACCAGCUCGGUGUUCGACCAGCCGGCCGCCAUCGUCAACGACGUCAACCAAAACCAAGAUUACGCGGCAAACAGCGGCGAGAGGGGGAUCAAUGGAGCCCCGAAGACGAUGCUGCUGUCGGAGGACUCGCUGCCGCCGCUCGCCGACUACCCGGUCAUCUCCAACCUCGGCGACGUUUGCACCACCCCAAGCUGUGAUGGCAACAUCACUGAACUCCCCGUCUUCCCUGACGCUUUUCUCAACGCGUUGAUGAGAGACUGUGCCCCCUCUUCUUCAUCUUAAUUUUUAGCUGGGUUUUGCAUGAGCUUAGCUCUGGUUUGAACUGUUCAUUUGUGUUUAUCUUUGGUUUGAUUUUCCAGUUCAGUUUUUCUUACUUUUUCUGUGGCAUACUCUCUAGUGUGGUUUCACUCUAGUGCAUGGUUCCAUUUGGAGUUUUUUUAGUGAUAUA